AUGACGGAUUUAUGCGCGGACACUUCGUCGACGGCCGACGGCGCUUCGAUGCAAAUUCGGGCAUCCCAAUCAGAUUUAUCGAUCGCCCACUCGUCGCCACGUCUCGAAUCCAACGCAACCACCUCCACUGCGGUACUGUGACCGUCGAAAGUGCCGGAAAAGCUCUAAAACAACGAUUUUCAGUUGUUCCAGAAGAAAAAGAUUUUUCCUCUUUGAAAGUAGUUUGUACACGUCGGAAAACUUGAUAUGCCAACUCUCAAAAUUGCAAAAAGCCACGAUUUUGGAAAGAGUUCACAUUUUUGCAGUGCAUCAACGAUAUUCCACUGCGGCGCGACCUCAGCUCCGAAUUGCACUGCCCACUGUGCGAGCAGUUCUUCGAUCGUGUCAGUUUUCGUACAUUUUCAACUGAAAGUCGAACAUUUUCGUUUGCAGCCGGUGAUGGUGACGUGCGGUCACUCGUACUGCGAGCCGUGCAUCGAGAGACACACCCGCAACACGCGGCAGUGCGUCAUCUGUAAGCACGACGUCGGACCGCUCGAGGCAAUGAUUCCGAGCAUCACACUUGAAAAUGUGAGAAAAAAAGGAGGUGUUCUUUUUCCAGAAAAACGGUGUUUUUAAGACGGGUUUUGCCAUUUUUGUUUUAAUUAUCUCGUUGACAUUCUCUAUUUCUGCUAUUUUUAGGGUACUGCAGGACAUCUGGUUUCAACGUGUUCAAACCCGAAGCCUAAACAAUUUCAAACAAAUCUAAUCGACACAGACUCGAUUUUAUUCGAUUCCUCGAAUCUUUUUGAGCAUAAUUAAUGCUGGGACCAAAAUCAGAGCACCCAAAAAAUGAGCCCUGUAUAGGACUUCACCCAUUCGGACCUAUUAGGCCGUAUUUGGCCUGAUAAAGGAUUUCGAUUUUCUGAUAUCUUUUUCUUCAGUCGAGACCCAAUUUUUCUUGCAGAUGGUUCGAAAGCUGAAAAACCCGGAAAACAUUGAGACGAGCUACGACGAUUUGUUCAUUUACGAGGAAAACGUAACUUCAUUUUAAUUUUUUUAAAUUAAACUUUUUAAAAAUUGCAGAAAGAGCCGACAAAAGUGGUGCGGACGAUGUCGCAACGCUCGAAACGUCGUCUUUUUUUCUCGAUCGCCGGUCCGACCAUUUGUUCGAGGUAGACGGCAGAAAUCGAUAAAUUCUUCAAAAGUCUGCGUCUCUUGUGCAGAGAGCGAAAGAGACGCGACGCGCGCGCGAACACACCAGCCACACUUUCUGUUUUCUGUACUUUUUAUUUUUAAAUUUUAUACUAUACACCGUCUGGUUAAAUGCUUGUUUCUCUUAAAACUUGUACCUCACCUUUUUUCAUAUGACCGAUUGCUACAAAAUGAUCAAAGAAUGGCUGUCGUUCACUUUGUUUUCCUCAUUUUUGAAUGAAUUUUCUUGGCUACGGAUGAAAAUUCAGAAAUUUCAGACCUAUGUCGCACAAACGCUACACGAUCGACGAGGCGGCGGAAGUGAUGCGCGAGUACAGAUUAUCGUUCGCCGAGCCGCUCGCCAGAAGCGAUUUGGUGCCGGACCAGCGGCUCCAGCAGAUGCUCGAGGCGCAGCACCGGAUCGUGUUCCGAGUGCUCGAAGAGACGAAACGCAUUCCGGGCCACCACUACGACAGACGGAAGCAGAGCACCGAACGCGUCUUCCGCGAGGUCAAAUUCUACGCGCGCAUCGACAUGGAGUGCAAGAACGCGGUGGCGGAUUUGCGGAGACGAGAACGAAUUCGACACGCUACGGAACGGAUUUUGCAGCGGAAGCAGGCGCAGGUGAACGCGGAAGCUCAAGCGGAAGCCAAAGAAGCGGCGGCGGCGGCACGAGCAGAAGCGGCGAAGACGAAGGCGGCGGAGAAGAAGGCGAAGGCGGCCGCCGCGGCGAUGGUCGAGAAGAUCAACGCGGACGUGAGGGAGCAGGAGAAGAAGGAGAAGGCGUCGAAAGCGACGAAAGCGGCGAAGGCGGAAGCGGCGAAGGCGGCGAGGAUGAAAGCAAUUGACAACCGAUUCAAACGGACGGUCCCGCAACCCGGCCCCGGAGAGUACAGAUACAGAACGAAAAGAAUCAAGAAGGAGAUCUUCACACCGGAAUAA